AUUAACCAACUGCGCAGUGUCUAACAAGAUUUUACUCACAGUGAUCUGUCUUGGAACUACAUCAUUCACUCUCACCAUAUUUAUCACAAUUUUCCUGCCAUUUUGGUUUGGCCUACCGUAAAAACAUGAAGCACUGCCUAGAAGUGCUUACACUGCUCUGUUUCUUAAGGUUUGGACUUAUGGCUUCUAAUGGAACGGAUAACGGCAAAGGGAAUUGCAAUGAUAUCUUAAGUCUGGAGGCUCAACGUGCAGUUGGUGGUGCAGUGGUUAAACUUGGCUUGGAGCUUUUAAAAAAUCUACAGCCUGGGCCUGAGCAACCAAAUAUAAUUAUAUCUCCUCUGAGUGUCUCUCUUGCUCUUGCUGAGCUUGCUUUGGGAGCAAGAAACAAGACAGAGGAAAAGUUGUUAGAAGUGCUUCAGCCACAAGAGCUGACUAAUUUUCAUGAAAUCUUAAGCUGUCUCCAAGAACAAUUAACUUCCAAAGCUGUCAAAAUGGCAUCCCGACUCUACCUCAAACCAGGUUUUAGGGUGAACCAGGACUUUGCGGACAGAUCUUUGCACCUGUAUAAAUCUGAACCUGCACAACUGACCUCCAUUGAGGAAGUCAAUCAAUGGGUGGAAGAAGCCACCAAAGGUCGCAUAACCAACUUUAUGUCUACUCUUCCACCUAAUGUUGUUGUUAUGCUGAUAAACGCAAUUCAUUUUAAAGGGGAGUGGCAGUCUCGCUUUGAUUCAAAGUUUACUGUAAAAGAUAUCUUCUACAUUGACAAAAAAACUUCUGUGAAGGUGGACAUGAUGAUGGGAUCUAAAUAUCCUCUCAGUAUGUAUGUAGACAGAAAGGAUGGCACACAGGUUGCAAGGUUCCCUUUCCAAGGAAAUAUGAGUCUUUUGGUGGUAAUGCCACUGCCAACACAUGCAAAUUUGUCAACUGCAGCUGCCAAGCUCAACAUUUCAGACCUGUAUGAACAUCUCCCAAGUGAGAAGUCUAUGCAUGUGAAACUACCCAAAUUUAAACUUGAGUACCGACAGGAUCUGCGACAAGCACUCACAAACAUGGGUCUGGGCUUGCUGUUUACUGGGCCUGAACUAUCCAGAAUCGCACAUGGCCCAUUAGUGGUUUCGGGAGUACAACAUGCCUCAAGCAUGGAGCUGAGUGAGGAGGGUGCCGAGGCCUCAGCCGCGACCUCUGUUACACUGGUGCGUAGUGUUCCUACUUUUGCAGUCAACAAGCCAUUCAUCUUUGUGCUGGUCGAUGAUGCUUCCUACACACCUCUCUUCCUGGGUAUGGUCACCAACCCCAACCCUGGAGCGACAGCUGAACAAAGUGAUGAGCCAAAAACUGAAACUGAAAGCAGCGUGACAGGAAACAAUGCAUCCCCGAAAGAUGGAACACUGAGUGAUGGCCCGCAUUGGGAAAACAUGCUAAGUUACGUGUUAAAUAUGUGGAAGGAAACAGUUCCUCAGCAGUUCCUCGGACAUCAAGAGAUGGAGAAUGGGAACUAAAUGAGAGAUGUGCAUGGAUCUGUCCAUAUUACAGACUUUGCCAACUGUAAUGUGCUUUUGUUGCUGUUAAUGGCCUGCAACUCUUGAACACAUUAGAUGACCAUAGAACUGAUUCAGAGCUUAUUCUUACCAUUUUCUGAAUAAGGUCCAUAGUCUUUGUUAAGUCAGAAAAAUUAAUGGGCUGGGGGAAAGUAAUAUUAACCAGUUGGGGAAUUUUACUAAUAAUUAAACAAGAGGUGCAGGUGUACACAAUUGCACAUUUAAUUCAAUCGAUACAUCAUAAAGCAAAAUCCUACUAAAGACGAUUAUAAAAUGAGUAAUAUCAAGCAACAUACAGAAUACUUAAAAGGGGGAUACCUCACCAUGUACUCUAAAAAAUACACCAUGUUUUGGCAAAUGUUUGUUGUGGAGAAGUAUUAAUCGAAAUGUAUCUUGCAUCCUCACUUAGCAUUUCUUUAUGCUAACAGGGUUUAUCAAUAAAUUUAAACGAAACUUAAA